AUGAAAAGUAGCCCCGUGAUGAUCACGAAUUUCGUCCAUCGAUUAGUACGAUGGCACAGCGCCGGCAAGGGCGACUUUAACUGCUCGAAGCUGAUCUCCGUGUACCGGGUCCGGGCAGACAAGUGCAACCGGCUAUGGGUCCUGGACAGCGGCAUCAACACCUCCAUCGACGACUUCACCGUCGCCUGUCCGCCCAAGAUUCUCAUCUUUGACCUGCAGACCGACCGGCUCGUCCGCAUCGUUUCCUUCCCACGAGAGGCCGUGAGAACCAAUUCGUUGUUUACGAAUCUCGUGCUCGACGACACCACGGCCACGACGUGCGACGACGUGUACGUUUACGUGACCGACACCACAGGGCCUGGUCUCGUCGUCGUCGAGGGAGCGACCGGUCGUAGCUGGCGGUUCCUGCACGCCUCGAUGCUGCCCCACCCCGAUCAGGCCACCUACAGGUAUCACGAGUGCGAUUCCGGUCGGACGAACACCUUCACCCUUCUCGUAUCCCUCCUCGCAGCAUCGAUCCACCAGAGCACAAUAACUCGACGCACAUCACUCAGCACAACAAUAAGGCUAACAGUAGUUACACUAACAAUCUCCGUAGGUGACAGCGCCACGAGCACAAUCAUAGGGGGUGGUCGAGCUCCUCCCGGACCACCGGUAUUCCCAGCCUCGUCGGCAGUAAUGGAACCGGCACUGGAACCCCCGAUGAUGGCACCACCGCCUACGACACUGUCCGGGUAA